GGAAGAGAAUAAAGAGACGGGAUGAAUAACAAGAAAUGGAACAAAAGAAGACUGAUUCACUGCACCCCUACAUGCCAAUCGACGUGUCCCAUCCAUCUCGUAUACACGCAGCUCCAUCCGAGCGAGCGAAGACAAGGCACAGAGACGGUCUUCGCUUUUGGGGAUGAAAAUUUCGUACUUUGUUGUGAUGAAUUAUGCACACUCAUUUGCAUAAAAGCCAAAGCUAUUCACCGUAGGGUUUCUCCAUCACAAAAAAACCGAACUUCUACCUCAAUCUCCAUUCGGUUAGUUUGUGUCGUGAGCCGGGGUAGUGUGAGUGCGUGUGUUCUUCUGUAAGCGCUUUAUAUACCGGUGGCAGUGUGAUUUAUUGGUUGAUCUACGUAAAACUGUAAAGCCCCAGCCAGCAAGACAUUUCAAAUUAGAGCACUUCCAUUUUUUUGUUGUAGCAUCACUGUACCGCUGGAGUGAAGAUUGAAUUUGUAGAUAUUUUUUCGCCUUGUGUGUACUUGUGUAGAGUAGUCUAGUCAUCCGCGCAAACGCAUCUUGGAGAAGAGGACCAUUGCACUCGACACACGAAACAAACACACCACACACGCGCCCGCACCCGACAUAUUUUCUCCUCCUCCUUCGCAUCUCUUGCAUCCAAUAUGACGAACAUGGCAGCCACACAGCUAGUAAGUGGACCAGACACACAACAACCCACCGGCAACCAGGUUUCCCAAGUUGUCAACAAGUCUAACGGAGUUUCAUGUGCACCCCAGACCAUCCCCAUGAAGGACCAUGAUGCUAUCAAAUUAUUUGUGGGCCAAAUUCCGCGGAACUUGGAGGAGAAAGAUCUGCGACCGAUCUUCGAGGAUUUUGGGCGCAUCUACGAGUUGACAGUUCUGAGGGACCGAUUCACAGGCGUGCAUAAAGGCUGUGCCUUCCUGACAUAUUGCGACAGGGAAAGUGCGAUCCGUGCGCAGAAAGCUCUACACGAACAGAAGACCCUUCCAGGGGUAUGUACACUAUGACUAUUUACAUGUUUGAAAUAUUUUUAACAAAAUGUUAUGGAUUGGAAGUGACAAUUCUAUGGCAUUUCCCAUUUUAA